AUGGUUCUCGAGCUCAUCUUCAAUGGCGAGCUCUCGAAGUGCUGUCAGCUGUCCGAUUUCAAAUCACACCCGGACGGACUAGCAAAGUCGGCCUGCAAGGAUCAAGUGUGCUGGUUCGCGCUGCUGGCGGCGCUGCUGCUGAGCGCCGCUGUCCUGGACUGCGCCCCCGUCGGCGUGGCGCCGCUCUCGGAGCUCCCGCAGGACCUGCAGCAGCUGCAGCAGCAGCAUUCCACGGAGCCCGUGGCCUCGCGAGCCGUAGUCAGCACAGUGAGCACCGUCAGCGCCAUCACCACCACUACCAGCACCAACAGUGCGGGCGCCACCACGCGCUCGCCAAACUCCUCCACCUCGAAACCUGACAGCGUCGGAGCCCUGGAAGGCUCGGCCUCGUCCACCUUCCACCUGCUGGACGAGUUCAUGGACUACACUGGCAGCGGCCAGAACCUGACCGAUGCUGGCGGCAUCAGCAGCAGCUACCGCCUCGGCUACACCGUGGACGCUGGCGGAAGCCUGCGCAAGUUCCGCUACGAAGAGCGCACGCCAGAGGGUGCCAUCGUCGGAGAGUUCGGCUUCCACAAGAACGACGGCGUCAUCCGUGGCGUCCGUUACACGGCCGAACCUGGAGUUCAUCCGAAAGUGCUCUACGAGGCACUCGUCAAGUUCUUCUCUUUGUGAGACAGGGCGCGGGACGACCAUUGUUGCCAGCGAGAGCUUCUUGCCGUGGAGGCCCACG